AAUCGAGACAACAUUGGAUCAAUAAAGGGAGAACUUGCAUAUUUACCCUGCUAUCUGCCUAUCACCUGAUCCUCAAGCUCUCCUAUUGCAUCUGACUGUGACCAUCCAUGUUCUCACGCAUCUCUCAGGUAACCCGGCAUCUUUCAUCUCCCGUUGUUGGCAACACCAGUCGAUUCGCCCUAGGAAGAACCAUGGUUCCUAUAUCGGCAGAUGAGCGCAACUCGCGCACCAUUUCUACAGCCGCCUGCUUGAUCAUCGGUGACGAAGUUCUGGGUGGAAAGACAGUUGAUACCAACUCUGCCUAUUUUGCCAAAUGGUGCUUUAACCUCGGAAUUAACCUCAAGCGCAUCGAGGUGAUAGAGGACGAUGAAGGCGAAAUUGUUGAGGCUGUUCAGAGAAUGAGUGACCGUUAUGACUUUGUUGUUACUAGUGGUGGAAUCGGGCCUACGCACGACGACAUUACUUACCAAUCGAUCGCCAAGGCCUUCAACCUGCCUCUCAAACUACACCAAGAAACCUUUGACAAGAUGAAGCUGAUGUCAAAGGUUCAUCCCAAUCAACUCAAGUUCGAUUGGGAUGUCGACUCGCCAGCAAGAAGGGCAAAACUUCGCAUGGCUGAGCUGCCAAUUGAUGAAUCUCGGGACCUUAAGAAGCAAGCUCUUUUCCCCCAUGAUGAUCUCUGGGUUCCCGUAUCAGUCGUGAACGGAAACAUCCAUAUCCUGCCGGGUAUCCCUAGACUCUUCCAGAGACUUCUCGAUGGGCUGAAGCCUCACAUCCUGCCACGUCUUAGUGACCCCGAAGGGAAGGGUACGCAUAGAGUACUGUUCUCUACGCCUCUUCCCGAGAGUGGUGUUGCUGACUACCUCACAACCUUGGCUGCUAAAGUUGGGCCCAAAGGUGUCAAGGUCGGAAGUUAUCCUCGCUGGGGCAGGAAAAACAACACGGUCACCCUUGUUGGACGGGAUUUGGACUAUCUUGAGAGUCUCGUUGAUGAAGUCCAAGCUGGCAUCCAGGGUCUGCGAGUUGAUGCUGAGAGUGACGGAGAAGAAGACCCGAAGGAGAUUAAGAAGCAGGCGACCGAAGACGCGGACAAGGACACCGCGGAGCAAGUUGUUGAGAAACCUUGAUAUACCAGUAUCUUGAUAACUGUGAUCCUUGGAUAUUUGGAAAUCCACAAGGUAUGGUGGCGGGUUGUAGUUGCGCUGAUCACAGUAACAUCCGUUGUAACUCUGUAAAGAGCUGCAAUUGGCUACAUUGCAUGCUUCGUUGAUAUCCUUGAAUAUAUGUAGACAAGUGUGAUAGAAUGUUCGGAGUUGCAAUCUGAUACCGGCGCACGGGCUUGAAACUUUUGGUGAUUCAACGGUCAAAACCUGAUCGUCUCAUCGAUCAUGGCGCUCUUUAUUCAGACGAGCUGCAUAGGCAGCAUUUUUAAGCAGCAGGCAUCUCAGAGUAAUCUAACGUAGAUGAAAACUAGCACUUAGACCUGUGUA